AUGAACCCCGUGUUGGGACUGGGUCUCACCCACAAGCCUGAGUACUACGACUUGCUUGCGUACGAUGGACAGGACGAGCCUCCCGCCAACACCCCGCUCCGGGGUCCCAGCUUGAAGCCGCAACAGCGCCAUCUCCAAGUGGGCGACAAGGCCAUGGUUGCCAGUGACAUCCCGUUGUGCUCACAGCUAGGCAAGGAUAUCUUGCUCCAGGGCGGCAACGCUGCCGACGCUGCGGUUACAGUGGCGCUCUGCAUCGGCAGCAUCAACUCCCAGUCUUCUGGUAUUGGUGGCGGCUCCUACAUCAUCAGCAGACACAACCAGGAGGCAGUGAGCAUCGAUGCGCGGGAAGCCGCGCCUGAAAGAGCCCACAAGACGAUGUUUGCGAAGGAUCCCAUGCUUGCGUUGGUGGGCGCUCUCUCCAUCGCCACUCCUGGAGAGUUGAAGGGCUUGGACGAGUUGUACCACCGCCACGGCUCCGGCAACUUGACCUGGAAACAGUUGUUCGAGCCAGUGAUCGAGCUCAACCGCAAGGGGUUCCCUUGCACCAAGUUGUUCUCCAAGGUGAUUGAGCUCGAGCAGGAGCUAGUGUUUUCGGCGAUUCCGUCGAUCCGCGAGCUCUGGGACUUCAUCUUCGACGACAACGGCAACCUCAUCAAGGAAGGCGAUACCAUCAGACGGCCUCGCUAUGCCGACACCUUGGAGUUGAUUGCCAACAACGGCAGCAGUGCCAUUUUCUACGACCCCGAGGGACCUAUCGUGCAGUCGUUGGUCAACGUGACAUCCAAAUUAGGCGGAAUCAUCGCCCCAUCCGAUUUCGCCAGUUACCGGGUGCAUGUAGAAAAGCCGGUGGUGCUCGACUUGGAAGUCCCUGGAAAGUCGCUCCAAGUGAUCACCACCAGCGGAGUGUCUUCCGGAGCGCCGCUCGCAGCAGGGUUGAACUUCUUCAGCGAGGUUCACGGACUCAGUCAGCCCGACCCAGUUUUGGCAGUCCAUCAGUUGAUCGAGAGCUUCAAGUGGCUCGGGGCCAUCAGGACCCAUUUUGGCGACUCGAGGAGCGACCACGAAAGGGCCCAGUUGCUCGAAGAAUACAGCGGAAAGGAGUGGAUCCACGCUGUGCUCAGCGAGGGCAGAUACUCGCCCAACCGCACGUUUGGCUGGCAGAACUACGGGCCCCAAUACGAGCUGGUGGACCCCAAGGGCACGGCACAUUUCUCGAUCGUGGACGAGCACGACAACGCCGUCAGCAUGACCACCACCGUCAACCUCUCGUUCGGGUCGGUGGUGCAUGAUCGCACCACUGGCGUGAUUUUGAACAACGAGAUGGACGACUUCUCGCAGCCAGGAGUGAAGAACAAGUUUGGCCUCGCUCCGUCCAUCCACAACUUCAUCGCUCCGUUCAGAAGACCGUUGUCGCUGACGUCGCCCACCAUCAUCCUCGACCGUGCCUCCAACACCACCGACAUGGUGAUUGGCGCUGCUGGCGGCUCGCGCAUCCCUACGGCCGUGCUUCAGGCCAUCGUGCGCCACUACUACCAGGACCACGGGCUUUUGCAGGUGAUGGCGUUUCCACGGUUGCACCACCAGCUCGUGCCAGAAGUGACGUCGGUGGAGGACCUCGAGGUGUUCAACCGCGAGCACCAGGCCAACACGCCCGGCACCACCAUGUCAGAAGCGUUGGAGGCGUUGGGGCACCAGUUUUACGAGAAUGGUGCGCACAGCGCCAUGAACGGAAUCGCCCGGGUGGGGGGACAGUUCCACGGAGUGAGUGAUUUCUGGCGCAAGGGAGGCGAGGCCGCAGGUUAUUAG